AUGGAAUCGCAACAAGGCUUACGAAAUAUUUAGCAGAACUCAAGCUUUUGGGAGCCCAAGUAUUACCUUAUGGUAAUUAUCUUUUGCUUUUUAAUUUAUUUUUUUUUGAAGAAUAAUUAAAACAAAUAAGAGCCGAUUAAGGAUAAAGUAUGGAAGAAGUUUGCGUUUGCAUAUUAAGACAUGAUGAAUACAUUUGACGAUCCAGAGAAGGAACUUCUAAAGCAUACUUUUCACAAUACUAUUUUUAAUACAAAACCACCUCGUGUCAACAAUGAUAAAAGAAAACAAAGCAAAAAGACUUCUAAUGUGUCUUUUGAUUUAGCUAAAAAUGUUACUCAUAUGUUUUAAUAAAAUGGGUAUUGAAUCUAAUAAUUUCCUUGAGAAUUCAUUAAUUAAAUAUGUUAAA